AAGAGCAAUUCAGCAUCAAAUUUUGACGUAACCAUGGGAAGCUACGACGGAGCGGAGACUUGUGAACUGGUGGGCUGUUAUCUCCUGUCGCAGCUAAAGCAGAUCCCUGGCACCGAAAUCGGCCUUUACAGAGAUGACCGGCUUGCCGUACUCAAUCAAACACCAAGGCAGAUAGAGAAAGCAAAAAAACAAAUAUGCCGGAUAUUUGCGAACAACAACCUGAAAAUCACAGUUGAUGCAAACAAGAAAGUUGUUAACUUCCUAGAUGUAACACUGGAUUUAAACACCGGAAAAUUCAAACCAUACUCCAAGCCAUCCACCACCCCGCUUUACGUUCACAGCCAAUCGAACCACCCACCCAACAUCCUCAGAAACAUACCCGUAGCAAUUAACCGGCGGCUAUCAAGCGUUUCUUCCGACCACGAGGUUUUCAAUGAAGCAUCGGCUCCGUAUCAGGAAGCAUUACGAAAGAGUGGCUAUGCUUUUAAACUAGAAUUCAAGCCACCGGCAAAGCAACCACCAUCAGAGAAACGCAAACGACAAAGAAAUGUUAUAUGGUUUAAUCCACCAUAUAACAAAAGCGUCAAAACCAACAUCGGACGUGCGUUCAUCAGCCUCAUUGAAAGAUCUUUCCCAGCGGGCCACAAACUGAGGAAAAUUUUCAACAGGAACACCAUAAAGCUCAGCAACAGCUGCAUGCCCAACGUCAAGCAAAUAAUAGAUGGCCACAAC